AUGGAACAGAAUGGGGCCCCACAACCAGAUAACAAUGUUUAUAAAAAUAAAAUUAUUAUAAUUGGCGCCGGCAUGGCCGGUUUGUCAGCAGCUUAUCAUUUAACCAAGAAUAACUUCACUGAUUUUAAAAUUUUGGAAGCCCGCGGAAGGAUAGGCGGUAGAAUUGUGCAAAUUCCUGUUGGAACUGAAAAAGUGGAACUUGGAGCUAACUGGAUACAUGGAGUUUUAGGUAACCCUGUCUAUGAAUUGGCCAUGCAAAAUGGUUUGGUGGACAUUAUGGCAUAUCCAAAGCCCCACAAGUUAGUGGCAGCCACUGAACAGGGAAAACAGAUACCAUUUACCUUAUUGUGUGAAGUUUACGAAGCUUACCUAUGCUUUUUAAAACGUUGUGAAGAGUAUUUUAUUUCUCAGUAUUCACCUCCUGAAGGUAUCGAUAGUGUGGGUGACCACUUAAGAUUAGAAAUAAGUUUGUAUUUAGAUAAAGUUAAAGAUGAUCAAGAAAGACAUUUACGAGAAUUGAUUUUUGAAUGUUUGUUGAAGAGAGAGACUUGUAUUUCAGGCUGUGAUGAUAUGAAUGAAGUUGAUUUGUUAGAAUUGGGGAGUUAUGAAGAGUUGCAAGGAGGCAAUAUUGUGUUACCAAAUGGAUACAGCUCAAUUUUAGAGCCAUUAAAGAAUGCUAUACCUGAAGACAACCUGUUGGUAAGGCAUCCUGUAAAAACUAUAAAGUGGUUAGGGAAAAAGAGUUCUAGAUCUACCUCAAAUACUGAAGACAGUGAUUCAGAUGAUUCAGAUAGAACUGUUAUUGAAUCCUUACCAAAUUCUAAUAGCUCUAGUCGUGAAUCAAGUUGUGAAAAAUCUUUAGACCCCAAACCUAAAGUAGAGGUAAUCUGUGAUAAUGGUAAGAAAUUCUUAGGUGAGCAUCUAAUUUGUACAAUACCAUUAGGAGUUCUUAAGCACACUGCUAUGACUAUGUUUCAACCACCUUUGCCUGAAUAUAAGCUAGAAGCAAUAGAUAGGUUACUUUUUGGAACUGUAGAUAAAAUAAUACUAGAAUAUGAGAGGCCGUUUCUUCAUCCCAGCAUCACUGAAGUAUUACUACUGUGGGAAGCAGAACCAGAGAAGAAUAGUGACAUUUGUGAAAACUGGUAUAAGAAAAUAUACUCGUUUAUGAAAAUAUCAGAAACCGUAAUUCUAGGAUGGAUUUCUGGUAAAGAGGCUGAAUACAUGGAAACUUUACCAAAUGAUGUUAUUAUAGAAACGUGUACAAAAGUAUUAAGGAAAUUUCUUAACGAUCCUUUUAUACCCAAACCAAAAAGUUGUUUAUGUACUAGUUGGCACAGUCAACCCUACACGAGGGGUUCUUAUACAUCAAUAGCCGUAGGAGCAUCACAAAUAGAUAUAGAAUAUCUAGCACAACCUAUUUAUGACGAAAAUGACAAAGAGCCUGUGCUCUUGUUUGCCGGUGAACACACGCACAGCAGCUUUUAUUCGACUGUUCACGGGGCCUACUUAAGCGGCAGAACUGUAGCACAAAUCCUUAUGACAACUGACAAUUCAGAAGAAAUCGUCGUCGAUUGUGGAGACGCCACGGAUUUGAGUUCGUGGGUGCAAGGGAUUUGUCUAGAGUGAAAUUGCCUUAAAACAUUUCGUAAUUAUUUAUUUUAAAACAGUCGUACUGUAGGAAAACCGAGUGGUACUCAAGCGUAAGAUUGUUUCGAGUCGUUUUGGUAGAUUUUUUUAUUUGAAAGUAGAGCUACUGAUAAACAACGAUUUAUUUAAGCGGUAUACUCAAACGAAAGCCUUGAAAUGUCUAAGCCAAAAGCUACUAUAAGCAAGUUCUUGGUUGAAUGAAA